AUGGAACCGGCUUUUGACUUCAACUCAUCGGCCAACACCUCUAUUGACAGGUGGUCCAUCAAUGGGCGCCUCAACCCAGAGGAGCUGCGUGUUUUUGUCCCGUCUGUUCUUGGUGUCAUCUGCGCUUUAGGGGUGGCUUGCAACCUCACUGCGAUGUGCAUCCUACUGACCAACUCUCACAAGGGCAAACUCUCUCUCAUCAACUCCCUCGUCUUCAACAUGAUGUUUGCAGACGGGCUAGUUCUGCUCUUCUCUGUCCCGUUCAAAGCCGUGUCCUUCUCCAAAGCAAGCUGGACUCUUGGCUGGAUGGUGUGCAAAACAUCUGACUGGUUCCUCCACACUUGCAUGGCGGCAAAGAGCUUCACCGUUGCCCUCAUGGCCAAAGCGUGCUACCGCUACGUGGCCAACCCCACCAAGCAAGUCAGCCUUCGUCUGGGUUCUAUUAUUGUGGUGCUUUUCUUCAUCUGGCUAUCCUCCUGUUGCAUCACCAUCCCACACUGGCUUUUUACAUUUCUCAAAAAUGGAAUUCAAGUUGCAAUGGCGAUGUUAUGGCUUCCCCAAUGGGUGGUGUGGGUAUGGGAAAAACAUCUUGCAGAGAAGAAAAUAGAAAAUCACUCCUUCCCAUCACCGCCUCUGCUCCUGACCAUCACAGCUCAACUUCUCACCUUCUCCAUGUCUCUGGUCAAUCCGCUCAUUGUGCUGUCCUUAUCUGAAGAGUUUCGAGAGGGCUACAAGGGUCUGUGGAGAUGCCUCACGCUAAGAAAGCAGCCACCGCCAAAAGCCAAACCAGGACCACACAACCCCACCUCUUUGAGAUCUCCAAGUCCAAGACCGCAGGUGUCCGUUCAGUCGACGCAAGAGAGCAGUCUGAUCCAAAGUGCUUCUCAAGAUCAGCUGCAGUGCGACGAGAAAAAGGGCAAAGAUGACGAGGGGAUAGUGCUGCCUGAUGUGGAGCAGUUCUGGCACGAGAGAGAAGGCGGCUCUCAGGACGCAGAGAACGAUCCGGUGCCGUGGGAGAACCAAGACAAGAAUUGA